CCGCCGCAAUCGCACUAGGAAAACAGCUGUGUCGAGCUAAAGCUAGUUAGCAUCGUUUGUUUUUGUGGAGAGAGUGUGUGUCAGAGAUCCGAGCUGUCCCUUCAAGGAAACCUGUACCUUACAGAUCCAGAGUGACCGACGUGUUGUCUGUCAUCUCUCUGAACCAUGAAGUUCCAAUACAAAGAAGAGCACCCCUUCGAGAAGAGACGGUCCGAAGGGGAGAAGAUCAGGAAGAAGUAUCCGGACAGGGUGCCUGUUAUUGUGGAGAAAGCCCCCAAAGCCAGAAUAGGAGACCUGGACAAGAAGAAAUACCUUGUCCCCUCUGACCUGACAGUGGGCCAGUUUUACUUCCUCAUCCGGAAAAGAAUCCACUUGCGGGCUGAGGACGCUCUCUUCUUCUUUGUAAACAACGUCAUUCCACCCACCUCAGCUACCAUGGGACAGUUGUACCAGGAGCAUCACGAAGAGGACUUUUUCCUCUACAUUGCCUACAGUGAUGAGAGUGUGUAUGGGAGCAGCCAAAGGGAAAUCUGAUCCCGCCUACCAUCCCCCCCUCCUCCAACCACUACCAACCUCCCUGAGACCUCCACCAUUCAUCCAUUCAUUUAAAUAUUAAAUCCAGCUCAGCAGCCUAGAGUUCCCAGAGUAAAUAUGUCAAAUGCACUUUCACCACCCUCUCCCAUCCUUUUCUGUCUUUCUUAUUCUGCAGUCUGAAUUGUAUUUACCUCUGCUUUUCUUUUGUUUAGUAGGUUAGGGUUGCUCUGGCCAGUUAUUUUUCAAGUGUAAUAAUUGAUCAUGCUUAACGGAAAAAAAACUCUGAGAAAUAACAAAAACAUUAGAAUAGGCUGUAAUUUGAGUUAGCCCAUAGUGAGGGGAGGAAAGGCAAAGUAUGUGAGUUCAAAUCAGCUCUUAUGGACAUGUAAGAUUGCUUUUGGUUGUCUGCUCUUGUUGGCUUUAGGAGGAGAAAGCAUUUGGAGGACAUUGGUGGCUUCUACCAGCUGAGGGCAGGUUGUUUUGUCUCUGGCAGAGUAAAGGAUAACUGUUUAGCGGCAGUUCUUUUCCUGGAAAAAAACAUUGCUUGAUAAUUGUUUCAAAUUCACCAGAUACUGAAGUCUGUAAACGAGAAUACGUGUGCUAUCCAGUAUCAGACUUUAUAAAGGAGUUUAAUAGAAUUCAGACUAAACAAUCAUACCCUGCUUUCAGUGGUAAGACUAUUAUGUUGACUGCUACUAUGAUUAUUGUUGUUAUUAUUGUUAAUUUUAGAUGGCUUCAUUUCUAAAGGUAUUGUAAAGCUGAGUGCAAUUUUCUCUUUUUUUUAAGUUUGUCUCCUUUUUUAAAAAAAAAACAAGAUUUGAACUCUGUAUACAGCUGCAUUACUGGCUCUUUCUCUCCACUCAUGACCAUACAUGAUAAAAUGUGGUAAAAGCUA